GCAUAAUUGGGACAAGUCGGGAGAAAAAUGACAAGGCAACGGCGGUGACAGUCACUGCGACGCCAGUGCGACAACAGCAAACGCGUCUGCAUCAAGCAAGCCGCCGAAAGAGGAGAAAAGGAGGAGACGGCGAUCGAGAGAGAGAGAGAGAGAGAGAGAGAGUGGCCGAGGAGAGGGGCACAUGGCGACGUUGCAUAGUUGGCGGAAGGCCGUCGGCGCGCUCAAAGACUCCACCACCGUCGGCCUCGCGAACCUCAACAGCGAUUUCAAGGAUUUGGAUGUGGCCAUUGUCAAGGCUACCAAUCACGUUGAGUGCCCGCCCAAGGAGCGCCAUCUGAGGAAGAUCUUGGAGGCCACUUCGAUCACCCGCCCUCGCCCGGAUGUAACCUAUUGCAUCCACGCCCUUGCACGGAGGCUCGCCAAGACGCGCAAUUGGACGGUGGCAUUAAAGACGCUUAUAGUAAUCCAUAGGGCUCUCAGGGACGAUGACCCAACAUUCCGAGAAGAGCUGUUUAAUUUCCCACAAAGGGUCCGAAUUCUUCAAUUAUCAAAUUUCAAGGAUGAUUCAAGUCCUAUUGCUUGGGAUUGCUCUGCAUGGGUGCGUGCUUAUGCUCUGUUUUUGGAGGAAAGACUUGAAUGUUUCAAGGUCUUGAAGUAUGAUGUUGAAGCUGAGCGUUUGGUACGACCUGAUCCAAGUUCUGAAAAGGGGCAUAGUAAAACCAGAGAGCUGGAAAAUGAAGAUUUAUUGGAGCAGUUGCCUGCUUUACAACAGUUAUUAUAUCGCCUUGUUGGAUGUCGUUCAGAAGGGGCAGCUGUUAGCAACUAUGUUGUUCAAUAUGCGCUUGCUUUGGUACUGAAAGAGAGCUUCAAAAUCUAUUGUGCUAUAAAUGAUGGCAUCAUCAACCUUGUUGACAAGUUCUUUGAGAUGCCAAGACAUGAAGCAAUUAAAGCCCUUGAAAUCUACACAAGGGCUGGUCAACAGGCUGCAAGUCUUUCAGAAUUUUAUGAAGUUUGUCGUGGACUGGAACUCGCUAGAAAUUUCCAGUUUCCGAACUUGAGGGAGCCUCCACAAUCAUUUCUUGCAACUAUGGAAGAAUAUAUUAGAGAGGCUCCACGUGUGGUUUCGGUCCCGAGAGAAGCAUUGGACUUCCCAGAGAGACUCCUCCUAACGUACAAAGUAGAAGCAGUUCCUGUCACAGUUGAGGAAGAACAGCCAUCUCUCGAAACCAAUUCAGCAACACCCAUCACUGAAGAUGCAUCACCUGCUGCAUCCCCCAAGGCACAGAGUUUGUCGACCGUAGAUCUUCUUGGACUAAAUGAAGAAAAUCCAAAUGUAUCUGCACUAGAAGAAAGUAAUGCAUUAGCCGUGGCAAUCGUCCCAGCCAGUAUUGCAAUCGAAUCUGUCAGUAUUCAGGAUAAAGGAUUUGAUCCAACAGGAUGGGAACUUGCCCUGGUGAAUACUCCAAGUGACAAUAGUGCUGCUGUCACAGAAAGCAAAUUGGGUGGUGGCUUUGAUGAGCUCACACUGGACAGCCUAUACGACGAAGCAGUGUACAGGCAGCAACCGGCGGAGCUCUAUGCAGCACCACCCCCAAAUCCAUUCAUGGUGGCUGAUCCAUUUGCAAUGUCAAACCAAUCUCCAGCCAUCCAAAUGGCUGCCAUGGGCCAGCAGCAGCAGCAGCCGAUGCCCAUGUACAUGCAACCCAAUCCCUUCGAGCAGCCUCUCUAUCAGCAGCAGGAGGAGGCUGGCUUGGGGAUUGCACCAAAUCCCUUCGGGGAUGAUGGUUUCGGAGCCCUCCCAGGAAACACUCACCAACAGAGCAAUCCUUUUGGGGACCCCCAGCUGAUAUAAGCCCAGCCACCAAAUCCCUUCGGGGGUGUUGUGAACAAACAAACUGCAUGGGUGAGAAAAGAAAUUCCAUCUUAGUUCCGUCUGUUGUCUUUC